AUGCGCAGCCGCCUCUGGCUGGGUCUGGCCUGGCUGCUGCUGGCUAGAGCGCCCGGCGCCUCGAGGGCUCCAAGCACACCGCGCAGAUCACGCAGCUACCCACACCUGGAGGGCGAUGUGCGCUGGCGGCGCCUCUUCUCCUCCACCCACUUCUUCCUGCGUGUGGACCCCAGCGGCCGCGUGCAGGGGACCCGCUGGCGUGAUGGCCAAGACAGCGUGGUUGAGAUCCGCUCGGUCCGUGUGGGUGCUGUGGCCAUCAAAGCUGUGCACUCAGGCUUCUACGUGGCCAUGAACCGCAAGGGCCGCUUGUAUGGGUCGCGGGCCUACUCUGUGGACUGCAGGUUCCGGGAGCGCAUCGAGGAGAACGGAUACAACACCUAUGCCUCACUGCACUGGCGCCACCGAGGCCGGCCCAUGUUCCUGGCGCUGGAUGGGCGCGGGGCCCCCCGGCGAGGCAGCCGCACGUGGCGGCACCAGCUGUCCACCCACUUCCUCCCUGUGCUGGUCUCCUGAGGGUCACACUGUAUGGAAGUCCCGAGGUCUCCCAAGUCGGGCAAUGAGUGAAGGGCCACCUGUUCUUCCACUCAUUCCCUUCUUAAACUUUAAUAUGUCCUUACUGUGUGCCAGACAGUAGCAAAACAAAGAGGUCCCCCACAGCAAGGCCUGGCCUUGGGGGAACACCCUCUGGGGGAGGCCAGAAGCCAGCCACAGGGUGACUAGGAGGAGGGACUGAAGGCCAAGGCCAGCCGCAAGUCUGGAAGGACUCCCAUGGCUACAGCUUGGAGGCAGGGACACACCAGUUGGAGUGUGCUAGGGACAAGGUGUCCAGGAGGAGGGUAUGCAAGCUGCCAAGGGCAGAGGACAUAGGGCCCAGAAACAGUGAGACAGUGAUGGAGGCUGCACCCACGCAAGUCCACAGCCACAUCCCAGAGCCUGAGGACACCUCACAUGGACAGAGACUACAGAUGGGAUCACAUGAUGGAUCCGAAGAGGGAGUCAUCCUGACCAUCCUGGGACCAAUGUCUCCCAGAGGGCACAGGAGGGGGAAGAGGCUGCAGAUGCAGUGCUACUGGCUCUGCAGAGAGGAGGAGCUGCGAGCCAAGGGCUGCAGGCUGGGA